CAACUUCACGCCUUAGAGUUCCAAAUGUCAAGUGUCACAAUCACAUUUUCAAUUUCAAAUUUUCCAAUAUUUCACCAUUUUUUUCAUUGAUUUCAUCAGUUUUCAUCAAAAUCUAAUGUCUAGUCGUGUGCCUUUUUUUCAAGCCUGUCAUUACUCUAAAGUCUUAAAUUCUAACCUACUCAAUGUUUUGAAGACCAUGCCCAAGGAGAAGAAACACAUUCCAGAAGCCCAAAAACAGCGUCGGAAAAUCAAAGAAAAAUACAGUAAAUACAGUCCUGGAAAGGUCACGUUGCAGGUUUUGGGAACUGGAGCCGAAGGGGCUCCUAGGUCACUCUAUGUUUUCUCAGAUCAGUCACGGUAUUUAUUCAACUGUGGCGAAGGGACACAACGUUUGGCUCAUGAACAUAAGAUGAAAUUGGCGAAAUUGGAACAUAUUUUUAUCACACGGCCCACGUGGACGAAUAUUGGGGGGCUGCCGGGGGCCGCUUUGACGAUACAAGAUGUGGGAGUGCCGGAAAUUACCCUGCAUGGUCCUCAAGGAUUAGAAGAAAUUUUUAUUGCCACUCGCCGUUUCAUUAUAAUCAAAGACUUGGAAAUUAAAAUGGCCCAAUGUGACGAAAAUACAAGUUUUGAAGACAACGUCUUGAAAGUUAAAUAUGUGCCUCUGAGACGUAGCGGAAAUUCCUCCCCAAUUUCCGAAAAUUCAAAUUUUGGUCAAGUUCAGGAAGACAAUAUCGAUUAUUACGCUCAUGAACAUAGUGGUAGGCGAAAAAGCCCCCCAAAAAUUUCCGAAUCUAAAUUGCUUCAACAUAAAAAUAAACCAACAAAUCUCAGUAUGGCUUAUAUUUGCCAGCUACAGCCUCGCCCGGGGGCACUGUGUUUGGACAAGUGCGUCAGUUUUGGUGUACCCCCGGGGCCGCUUUUGGGGCGACUGAAAUCAGGCCAAGAUGUAAUUCUCGCCAAUGGAAAUGUUGUUAAAGCUUCAGAUGUUUGUGAACCUGACGAUCCUGGACCUGUUUUUAUAGUUGUCGAAUGCCCCUCGGAGGAGUAUUUAGAUUCCCUUAUUGAGAGUGGAGAAUUCAAAAAACACCAAUCAACGGCCACGAAAGACGACGAUCUAGCUCAUACAGUCGUUCAUUUCACUCCACAAAAAAUACUAAACCACCCCAAAUACAAGGAAUGGAUCGAUAAGUUUUCCCCAAGCACCCAUCACUUAAUUUUGAACGAAACCAACACUUGCAUGGGUAGUUCAGCAGUUCAUAGGAUUCAAUACAAACUCAAUCUUUUAUCAAAUGACAUUUUCCCACUUUUGGGCGACAAAGGCACUGAAAUAAUCGACGAGCAACUCACAGAGCCUCCACAACCCAAAAAAAUGAAACCCGACAGCCCCUCCAUCCCAAUCGAAACUCUGUCGGUAAAGUCGCAACCUUCAUCACCUUCCGACCACAUUUACACAAACACACUUUUCAAUUACCAUCUACGGCCCAAAAAAGCCUGCGACAGGUUAGGGGAACUAAAACUGGUGCCUUCGCAAUUCAUUGAAGAAACAAUGACUAUUGAAAAUUUCCCAUCAGUGUUGCACGAAGUCACCCAAAAGAUGGCGCAAAAGCGACGCCAUUUAACAAUCCGGGACUUCCCCCGAUUGCUGUUUCUGGGUACUGGUUCAUCGAUUCCGAACAAAACGCGAAAUACAAGUGGGAUGUUGCUUGAAAUUGAUGAAAAUACAAAUAUUGUGGUAGAUUGUGGGGAAGGCACUUUGGGGCAAAUUGUUAGGUUUUAUGGUAAAGACAAGGCGAGUGCCGAGUUGGCUAAAAUAGGGGCAAUUUAUAUUUCGCAUUUGCACGCCGAUCAUCAUUUGGGGCUGGUGGGGGUGUUGCAAGGGCGCAAAAGGGCAAUGCAAAAGUUGGGUAAGGAGUCGCAGCCCUUGUUUUUGUUUGCACCUAAACAAAUCAUGUGGUGGCUUAGUUUCUAUGAUAGGUGUUUUGAAAAUAUACGGGAGGAAUUUAUUUUGGUGCCUAAUGGCGAACUGUUUUUUAAUAAUCACGAAUUGGACGAGAAUUUGGAAAGUAAACUUCUUGAGAGUCUCCAAAUGCGUGAUAUAAGCACCUGUUUUGUCAAACAUUGCCCUAAUGCCUUUGGUGUCAGUUUUGUUCACAAAAAUGGUUACAAAAUAACCUACUCUGGUGACACAAUGCCAUCAGACAAUCUCGUCGAGUUGGGGAAAAACAGCGAUUUGCUGAUCCACGAAGCCACAAUGGAGGAUGAAUUAGCCGCCGAGGCUGUCAUUAAAAUGCAUUCAACUACGUCUCAAGCGAUCGAAAUCGGCCGCAGAAUGGAUGCUAAAUACACACUCUUGACACAUUUUAGCCAAAGAUAUGCGAAAUUGCCCAGAUUUAACGAGAAUUUUUCAGAUAACGUCGGUAUUGCUUUUGAUAAUAUGCGAGUAAAGUUGGACGAAUUACCGCUAAUACCACUAUUGUAUCCGGCCCUAAAACUAAUGUUUGUGGAGUCCUACGAGGAAAUGGAGCAAAAAGCUGCGAAGCGUCAAAUGAAAAUUGAACGGGAGAAAGAGGCACAGCAAAAUUUGUAACGAAAAUUAAAUAAACGAUUAUUUGAAAUUGAA